GUUGGUUGUUUUUGAAGUGAAAAUGUGGCGAUUGGUGUCUUUAGCCUUUCUUGCUAGUUGCGUUGCUGUGCACAUUCCUGGUGUGCCACAAGAAUUUACUUCAAAUGAUGUUGUGCUCUCAGCCAUUUCUGAUGAGAUCGCUCGCAAGUUCUCGCAGGAAUAUAUUCACUUCCUCCAGACGGGUAUUGAAUCUGCCGCACUUCGACAAAUCUCCGCUCAAUUAGCGAAGGCUCACAGCAAAAAGGACCUCUUCACCAAAGAGCUAAGUGAUCUGUCCAUGGCAGAUCAAUUUGUAGCAUGCACCACCUGUCGUGCCACGGUCAACGUUGUAGCGCGCAUGUUUCGUGACGAUGAUGGUGAACUCGCAGGCGAUGAUAGUGAAGAGAAAUUGAGAAGUAUGGCUUUGGACGUCUGCAAUCGGCUAGAACUGGGAACACAAGAAGUGUGUUCGAACUUGAUUGAUUUCAAUUUGCCGGCUGUUCUGUAUAUCAUCCAAAACUCGAAAAUAGAUUCCCGUACUUUGUGUUCACUUUUCAUGGAGUACAAUUAUUGCAAUGUGAAUAAUGCUGACUACAACUGGACUCUCACCAUUGACAGCGGAGGUGUAGCAGUGACUGCGCCAAAAUCAGAUUUACCCGUCAAGAAUGGCAAUGAGCUGCAAAUUCUGCACUUGACGGAUAUUCACUAUGACCCCCUGUAUACACCAGGUGCGUUGGCUGAAUGCGUGGAACCACAAUGUUGUCAGAGAGGUGCCGGUUCGACUGAUACUGAGAAGGCGGCGGGUUACUGGGGUGAUUACCGUGAUUGCGAUGCGCCAUGGAACAUGAUUGACGACGCUUUCAAUCACAUCAAGAACACACAUACUAAAAUCGAUUAUAUCUAUCAAACUGGUGACGUAGUGGAUCAUAUGGUUUGGGGAACGUCAGUGGAAAAGAAUACUGAAAUUUUAUCAAAAGUAAAUAAUCGUUUGGCUGAAUUAUUCCCGGGCAUACCGGUAUAUCCAUGCGUUGGAAACCAUGAGCCACAUCCACUAAAUCUCUUUAGCCCAAGUGAUGUUCCAGAAGACAUCAACACCCGUUGGUUGUAUGAAAAGCUAUAUGAGCAAUGGUCUACUUGGUUGCCAGCCGAUACUAACGCUACCAUUCUUAAGGGCGGUUAUUACACAGUUUCGCCAAAAUCCGGUUUCCGUGUGAUUUCUUUGAAUAAUAAUGAUUGUUACACCUCCAACUGGUGGUUGUUCAACGAUGGAACAGACAAGAUUCCUCAACUGCAAUGGCUGCAUGACACUUUGUUGGCCGCCGAAAAGGCUGGCGAAUAUGUCCACAUCCUGGCGCACAUUCCAACAGGAGAAGGCAGCUGUUGGUCGGUAUGGGCGCGCGAAUUUAAUAGGUUGGUAGAACGCUUCCGGAACACAAUUAGCGGAAUCUUCAAUGGUCACUCCCAUCAGGACGAAAUGCAUUUGCAUUACUCGGCUAAUAGUCACGCCAUUGGCAUUGCUUGGAAUGGUGGCUCCAUAACUACAUAUUCCAAUAAGAAUCCAAACUAUCGAUUAUAUCAGAUUGAAACCAACAGCAUGCAAGUUGUGGAUCACGAAACAUGGAUCUUCAAUUUGACGGAAGCCAACGUUCAUGGUGAAGCUCAAACCCCAAAUUGGUUCAAAGAAUAUGACUUCUCUACAGAGUUUACUACAGAUUUGAGCCCAGCUGGGAUUGAUAAACUACUGGACGAAAUGACUGAAGACCCAAGCAUUCUCAGAAAGUUCUGGAGAUACAAAAUGACCACUGCCGAUCCAAAAUUGAAUAAGGGCUGUGAUAGCGAUUGCCUGUUAAGCACGAUCUGUCGAAUAGCGACGACUGUGAACACCCAGAAGACGCGCUGUGCGCAACUGCAGGAGAAACUAAAAAUUGCUUUGGACAACGAAACCACAAGCACACGUACAAGCACAAGCUCCACAUCUGAAGCGACGGCUCCCACACCUGAAGAGGUCAGUACCACUUCCGAAAAACCAGAAGGUGACGGUGCAGCUUCUUUGAGUAUCUCGAUAGCGGGCAUGCUUAUUUUAACGAUGUUCUGGACAUUAUAAGUGUUUAAAAUGCGAAAUAUUUAAAUAGUUUCUUAAUUUAAGUGGCUUCCCUAUUUAUAAAUUAUGUAUGUACAUAUAAUAUUAUAUUUGUAUGUACAUACACUAAAGAUAAGCUGAACAAAUAUAUAUAAAGUUUUAGUACU